UUGUUGAAGGUUGGUAAUAUUCCUUACAAUUCUAUAUGGUUUAAAUUUUCUUGCAGAAAAUGAAUAUAGGAAAUAAAGUUUACCUAAAUAACAUUGAUCAGAUAGAUGAAAAAUUAUAUAUCAAAGUUCGGGUCCUUAAAAUUUGGAACUUUAUCAGAAAUAAUAAAGUUUGUUCAAUUGAAAUGAUCCUGAUGGACGAGGAGGGUACACAAUACCAUGCUCGUGUCUUUAAUCAGAAUUUCUCCAGAUUUCGUCAUCUCUUAAAGGAAGAUGAAAGUUAUAUAGUUAUAAAACCAAAUAUAGCUGUUGUUACGAAUGGUUUUAGUUAUACAGAUGUUAUUGGACAGAUCGUGUCAUUUAGGCCUCUUGAAACUUCAAAUCCAGUAGCAUCGAAGCAUUAUAUAAAACUCACUCUUAGCAACCUAGAUUCCGUACAUCUGAAGGUUACUAUUUUUGGAAGUCAAACAUAUCAAAUGUCAGAAUACCUACAAAAUAACCCGACGGUUAAUUGUGUUGUUAUCGUGAUGCAGUUUUUGAAGCUAAACAUUUGGAAUGAUGACUUUAAGGGCAAUUUUCCAUUAAAAACAAUCUGUGAGAUCACGGAACCAAUUAAGGCUGGAGACAGUGAUGGACUAUUUCCAAUGCAACUUAACGUGUUGAAAAACCGCAAGUUUGGUUUUCUUGUAGAUAUUACAGAAUACAAUGUCAACAACUAUAAUAAUAUCUACACAGUUCUCAGAGUUACAGAAGAUAUGUCCAUUGUUUCUGAAUUGGAAAGUAAAAUAGAACUUAUGGAUGUGAUCUCACAAACAGAUGAAAGUCUUACACCCUCAACAAUUGAUUAG